GAAAGUCCACUAUAGCACAAUCUCACUCUUACAGAGCCAAUUUACAGUCACCACUUAACUUCAAACUGAAUGUGUUUGGCAUAAGGAAGGAAACUGGAGUAUCCAGAGAAAUCCUAUGGAGACUCUGGCAGAAUGGGCAAACUAGCAAACAUUCUCUCCAUUGAACACUUUUGAGAAGGGCAUUACUGUGAGUAUGGCAUGAAAAAUGUGCAGCAUGGAACUAGUGGUGGUCUGCUUAUGAAGAGAAAUAUUUCAAGUUUGAAUCUGUACACUGAGGAAAGGUGUGUUUGGAGAGGAGACAGAGGAGAGCUUUGUGCAGUUCCACCUCUUUAGCAAAUCACUCCCCACCCCCCACCCUCUUUUUUUUUUUUUGCUCUCAGUCAAAGAAACACACAAAUCUACUCAGCCCUCAGAAGCCUAACAUUUGUAGAGAGGAAAGUAACAUGCCAGCCCAUAUCUACUUUAUUUUGCUUUUCAUUUGGACGCAACAGAUUUUCCUCAGGGUACACAGCAAUGGCCAGCAAGGAGCACUGAAGCCUGGCGUGGGAAGCAGCGAGCGACGUCAGUUUUGUCACUGGCCCUGCAAGUGCCCUCCCAAACCCUUAUGUGCACCAGGAAUCAGCAGGGUCAAAGAUGGCUGUGGAUGUUGCACAAUUUGUGCCAGACAAGUUGGUGAGAGCUGCAAUGAGGCGGAUAUCUGUGAUCCCCAUAAAGGGAUGUACUGUGACUUCUCAGCAGAUAAGCCCCGCUAUGAGGUUGGCGUGUGUGCAUAUAUGAUGGCAGAAGGAUGUGAACUCAAAGGUGAAUUUUAUCUGAACGGACAGGCUUUUCAGCCCAGCCCAUUGUACAAAUGCAUGUGUGUUGCUGGUGCUAUUGGCUGUACACCUGCCUUCACUCAUAAACUCGCCAUGAUCCAGUAUAACGCUCCUAGCGAGAGUGAAAAACCUGCCCAUCUAAUUGCUGUAAAGCAACCAAAAAAACAUCAGCAGGAUACAGCCUACAGAGCCAUGCCAGCUUACAGGGAUCGCCCUGUAUCAUGGAAGAGGACAUGUCUUCUACAGAGCACACCCUGGAGUCCCUGUUCUAAAACCUGUGGCAUGGGGAUAUCAAUUAAGGUUGACAACAACAACAGCAAAUGUGAAAUGAAGAAGGAUCGCAGAUUGUGCUUUCUCAGACCCUGUGACAACAAUACACUACGGAAUAUUAAGAUACCAAAAGGAAAAACAUGCCAACCUAAGUUCCAGUCAAGUAAACCGGAGAAAUUUGCAUUGUCUGGAUGUACAAGCAUCAAAAACUACAAACCCACAUACUGUGGCAUUUGUACUGACAAGCGCUGUUGCAUUCCCAACAAGUCUAAAAUGAUUCCUGUUGAAUUCAACUGUACAGAUGGUGGAAGCGUCAGAUGGGAAAUGUUGUGGAUUACAUCCUGUGUAUGCCAACGGAACUGUUAUGACCCAAGUGACAUGUUCUCUGAACUUAGAUUCCUAUAGCAAACCAAAGGAGUACUACCUCAGAAAUAUGUUUUACUGACAGCAUACAGUACCUCCGUCACCUUUACUACUGGCAUAUCUUUUUUACUUGAUCUGUCAGAGUUUUCCGCUUCUUCCAGUGUUUUAAAUGGGUUAAAAUACUGUUGUCUGCAUGAUCUGCACUUCAGAUAUACUUCAUAAACUGUUUUUAAUGGAGAUGUUCUGCUCUGAACCUAAAUAUUACCUUUGAAGAAUCAUUUCCUUUAAAUUGUAUUUUACACAUUAGAA